AUGGUAUCGGGAAAUGUGCCUAUGCCUUCAAACCAACUCCCACGUACAUCCCCAACUCCUGUGCUGUCCUUUCCUGGCUUAUCGCCAAGUUCAACUUCUGCGCACGAGCUACGAAUCCUCCACCGCUCUCUGUCAAUUCUCGUCGCCCACAAGCCUGCGGGCCUACCACUUUCCGGUUCGAAGCCCAAAACAGGCCUUUCGAUCCUUUCCAGCCGACACAGCUUUACAGCGCCUCAAAAGCCGCUCUUCUGCCCUCCACGGUCGAUAUCUGGCCCUAUUAUAUUCCUUCUUUCUGAUACACAAUCACCAUCCACUGUCACGUUUACGCUGCACGCUGUUGUAAUAGGCUCUCCAAAUCGCAGAAUACGUGAUGCAGUUUUACUGCUCUCAUCUUCCAUCCCUUCACCUGCCGGCCCGCUCCGAUUGCUUACGCUCUCAUCAUCCCAGCCUGGCACAGGGUUACGCAAGAGGCUGCGAGAAGCAGGGUGUCCCGUCCUUGGGGACGCCACACUUUCAGGGAUCCCUGCACGCGGUCUUUACGUAGCGGUAUCACGGGUUGAACUUCCCGAGCUCGGAGUCUAUGUUGACUGUCCUCUGCCUCCAAAAUUCAGCACCCUUGUUGAGCGUGAAGGGCGCCUAGAGGAGCGAAGGCAAGCACGCGAGGUGCAGGAGGAAAGACAUCGAUAUGACGACGAAUCAGGGGAGACGAAAACUAGAUUUCUGCGUUGGUACUUUUUUACUACUAACGCAAUGACACCUCGGAAGAGCUCCGAAUGCGUGGCAAUGGCCGCCGCAGGGCUACUGAGGGAGACAUUCGUUAAAGGGGUGAAGCGCAGCGAUACUAAGGGAGAUGGCGAGGUGCAAGUCCCGAGGCUGUUAGAUCUUGGAACGGGUUGCGGAUGUUUAAUGGCCGGAGCUUUGUUGUCAGCAAACGUUGACGCCGAGGGCGUUGGUCUGGAAUUAAGCAAUGAAGCUGGUGGGGAUGCGAAGCGCAACAUCCAAUCGCUUGGGCUAGUACACUUUGCAAAAGUAGUGCAGGGUGAUUUCACGGCGCUGGAGAAAAGUUUUGGGAAGGAAGAGAUCGGAUUCGACGUCGUGAUCAGCAACCCACCAUACUUGACCAGAAAAGAGAUAGAGUUUGACAAAGUAGGGCUUGCAAGAGAGCCUCAAAUGGCGCUGUUGGGACAAGGCGGGGAUGGAAUGGGAUCUUACAGAGCUAUUGCAGAGAGUCUUAGGCGUUGUCCUGCUCUACUACGGUACGGUGGCCAUGUUGUUUUAGAAGUUGGGGGCAGGCGAUCUGGUGAUUCGAUCCGAGAAAUGUUCGAGCAGAUUGCCGGGCUUAGCUUUGUAGAACUCAAAGUGGACGAGAGAGGGUUUGAACGAUGCUUGGUUUUGAGGCGCCACAGGGCGUGA